AUGGCUGAAACUGAAGCUUUAAAUCGAAAGAAGAGAUGUAGAAACGGACAUAGAUCAUCUACGAAACGGGUAAUAUCAUCUGUUAAAGAAUGUCUGAUGAGUGUGACGGAGAAGUCGCAACUAACACCACAUAUAGCGAAGUUAACACAACAGAGAACGACUCUCGAAACGAAGCUACAAGUUCUUCAAGAGCUAGACAAAGAUAUCUUGGCGUUGGUAAGUGACGAGGAUAUAGAAUUAGAGAUAGAACAAGCGGACAUUAUGCAAGAAAAUAUUCAAUCUACUGUUAUUGAAAUCAAUAUGUGUUUGGAGGAGCAUAAACUGUUUAUUGACUUUGUUACUGCUAGCGCUACAAACGUGGCCACUGAAAGCAAUUUGGCACAAUCCUCGGUAGUAAUCCCACCUGAAAAUAACUUAGAAGCACCUGUGUCUACUGAUUCUGCUGUAUCUACAUCUAGCAAUACUAAUGUACCACAGAGUAACAGCACUACACCUACUCAAACUGCACCUGAUACUGCAAGUACACCAGGCAACCAAACGAACAUGCCCACAGUAAAAUUGCCAAAGCUAAAUCUGAAACGAUUCCGGGGCGACCCUACAGCAUGGUCUACAUUUUGGGAUAUGUUUGAGUCGUCAGUCCACAACAAUCCUACCUUGUCAAGCAUUGAUAAGUUCAACUAUCUUUCCUCAUUACUUGAGAGCACAGCAGCAGAUUCAAUUGCAGGAUUAACAUUAACAAACGCAAAUUAUGAAGAAGCAAUCAACAUACUUAAGAAACGUUUUGGAAACAAGCAGCUUGCAAUUAACAAACACAUGAACACUCUGCUAAACCUUGACCCAGUCACCUCUAACCACAACCUGAAGGGACUUAGGACACUCUAUGACACUGUAGAAUCACAUAUUAGAGCUCUGAAUUCCCUGGGUGUACAUCCAAGUUCGUAUGGUAACCUUUUAUGCUCUAUGUUAAUGAAUAAGAUACCUCAGGAGUUACGCAUAAGAGUUAGUCGAGAAGUAAAGGAGGACAUUUGGGACUUGGAACACUUACUGAAAUUGAUUGGAGAUGACAUAGAGGCUCGAGAAAGAGCAUGUGGCAAUACUACUAAUGAUAAGCUGCCACACAAUCCGUUUAAGGGUCAUGGGAAACCACCUUCGGCAGCAGCCCUACAUACAGGGGGGACACCGCCAUCAUGCACUUACUGUCAACAGCAGCACACCUCCAACAGCUGCACCACAGUUUCCAAUAUCACUGCACGAGUUGAGAUAUUAAAGAAGAGUGGUCGAUGUUUCCUGUGCUUGAAAAAAAACCAUUUGAGUCGGGAUUGUAAUUCAAAGUCAAGAUGUUACAAAUGCAGUGGUAAACAUCACAUCAGUAUAUGCACUAAAAAUUCUAACGAGAAACACCAGAACCCUCCUGCAAACAUAGAACCUAGAGAGCAAUCAGGAAAACCUCCAAAACCCAAGGGACAAACUCCACCAAACCCACAAGCAACAAGUGGCACACAAACAUUAUUUGUGAGCUCGAAGACCCCGGUACUCCUCCAAACAGCCCAAGCAACCAUACUUCCUACAACAAUGAAGAGCAAAGGGGCUAACGUGAGGUUAAUACUAGAUAGCGGAAGCCAACGAUCGUACAUCACAAGUCGGGCACGAGAUUCACUGCGCCUACCUACCGAACACACCGAGACAAUGUUAAUCAAAACGUUUGGCUCAGAAGAAGAGAAGUUAACCACCUGUGAUUCUGUCAACUUUAUCCUAGAAAGUCACCAUGAUCAAACAAAAUUGUCAUUGUCAGCCUUUGUUGUGCCGAAAAUAUGUGAACCAUUGCAACACCAACUCACCCUGCAAGCCCACCAGAGUUACCGCCACCUAAAUGAUUUAGUACUCGCAGACCGCUCAAUGGGAGAACAGGACUCUGAAGUUGACAUUCUUAUCGGAUGUGAUCAAUAUUGGCAAAUUGUAACUGGGGAGGUUCGAAGUGGCAUGCAUGGUCCAACAGCUAUCAACACCAUCUUGGGAUGGGUACUUUCUGGACCAGUUGAGAAUCACCAACAAUCAUCUACGGACCAUUCUGUUAAUGUGUCCACCACACAUGUCUUAAGACUUGGUACAUCGUCAUGCCAACUGAAUGUGCUGAAUGAAGGUACAGAUCGAGAAUUGCGAAGAUUCUGGGAUUUAGAGUCACUUGGGAUAUCAAGGGAAGAGAAGUCGGUCGCUGAAGACUUCACGAGCACCAUAGCCUUCAAGGAAGGAAGAUAUGAGGUAAAAUUACCCUGGAAGGAACAGCAUCAGAUACUACCAGACAAUUAUGAGAUGAGCUGUAAGCGCUUGAAGAACUUGGUGGAACGUUUGCAACGUGAGCCAGAGAUUCUAAGGGAGUAUGAUACGGUAAUAAAGAACCAACUUAGUAAGGGCAUUGUGGAGACUGUCAAUAAGGAAGACGUCGGAGAAGUUGGAAGAGUCCAUUAUAUUCCUCAUCAUGCUGUGAUCAGGCGCGACAAGGAAACAACCAAGUUGAGAAUAGUCUAUGACGCGUCGGCCAAAACAUCGGGUCCCUCCCUUAAUGAUUGCCUAUAUACAGGACCUACAAUGACUCAGAACAUUAUGGAUAUAAUUCUUAGAUUCAGAAGUCACAAGGUCGCAUUUACAAGUGAUAUCGAGAAGGCAUUUCUCAUGAUCGCAGUUUCCGAAGCGGACAGAGACGUCCUACGAUUUUUGUGGUUUGAUGAUGUAUGGAGCGAACAACCUGAGAUUAUCAUUUUGAGAUUUACACGCGUGGUCUUCGGAGUAUCAUCCAGCCCAUUCUUGCUCAAUGCUACUAUAAACCAUCAUAUCGAACAGUAUCGAGCUCAAGAUCCUGCCUUUGUAGAACGGUUCUUGCGGUCUAUUUAUGUAGAUGACCUCAACUCGGGAGGAAAUAAUGAUUAUUCUGCCUAUACACUUUACAAGAAAUCAAGGCUCAGACUCGCAGAAGGCGGAUUCAACCUUCGAAAAUUUGUAACCAAUUCACCUGAGUUGAUGAAGAAGAUCGAAGGUGAAGAGGAGCUACCGGCUGUUGGUAAGCCAAAAUCCGACUCCCAGUUAGACAAGUUAGCACCUGAAGCUGUGAAUGAAGAAAACGAAACUUAUGCAAGGAUUACACUUGGAGCAGCCAGUGAAUCUUCAAAGGAAGAGCGAAAAAUUAUUGGAGUUACUUGGAACUAUGCGGAAGAUAACAUUGUAUUCGACAUUAGUAAUGUGGCUGAAUUGGCUGCAAAGUGUAAACCAACAAAAAGGAACAUUGUACGUCUUUCGGCAAAAUUCUAUGAUCCGCUGGGGUUCAUGUCACCAAUAACAAUCCAAUUCAAGAUUUUGUUCCAGGAACUGUGUGAAGGAAAGGUUACAUGGGAUGAUGAAAUUCCACAAGACAUCAAGGUAAAGUGGAACAAAUUGGUAACGGAGCUCCAACGAAUGAAUCGAAUUGUUCUAUCACGAUGCUAUUUUCGACAUGUGAGCCAUCCAGUUCUUUCAUGCACCAUUCAUGGGUUCUGCGACGCCUCGAAGUCGGCAUACGCAGCAGUGACGUAUUUGGUAGUAAACACCGCGAUCGGCGCGCACGUGAGAUUUCUCGCAGCUAAGACGAGAGUGGCCCCACUCGAAGUCCAAUCCAUUCCUAGAUUAGAACUGCUAUCUUGUUUGAUCUUAGCUCGAUUGGUGAAGAAUGUUCAGGAAGCAUUACGCGAAGAAAUUAAUUUGGAGGAACCAAUAUACUGGACAGAUUCAAAGGUAGCCCAGUUUUGGAUUACGAACGAUAAAGAAUGGAAGCAAUUCGUACAGAAUAGGGUCAUGGAGAUACGGAGCCUUACAUCUGCAAAUGCUUGGAGACACUGUCCUGGGCGAGAUAAUCCUGCAGAUAUUCCAUCAAGGGGAAUUAAACCUACGGAACUAGAGACCAGUAAAUUAUGGAGCAGCGGUCCUGAGUGGUUAACAGAGCCACAGGCGUAUUCUCACCAAGUGAAUGCAGAGGUUGUCCCACCGGAAGAAUGUCUAGUGGAGAGUCGAUCAACUAAAGGGAAAGCCGUAAGCUUGGUAGUUAAUGUUACAACACGAGCACUCAACAAUAUCAUCAAGAUAGAGGACUUUGGAUCCCUCGCCAGACUCUUGCACGUUACCGCAUAUGUUCUGCGUUUUGUAAGGGAAACGAAGGCGGCAGUCACGGGAGAUGGCAAACCUGUAGAGCCCACCCUAACGGCGGAAGAAAUCGAAUCAGCCAAACUUCUUUGGGUUCGAGAGAUGCAACGCCACCUACCUGAGAAAAGAGAAUUUGAUCAAUUGAAGGCACAGUUUGGUCUCUACACUGAUGAUGAAGGUAUAUGGAGAUGUGGGGGCAGAUUAGAACGGGCGAACUUGCCUCCAUCAACGCGACACCCAAUCCUGUUGGACAAGGAUCAUUAUCUCGCAUCAUUGAUUGUUUACAGUAGCCAUAGAAGAGUUAUGCACAAUGGCGUUAAGGAAACGUUGACUGAAAUAAGAUCACAGUACUGGAUUGUCCGCGGAAGACAAUUUGUGCGUAAAUUGCUUGGACGAUGUUCGAUCUGUCGAAGAUUUGAAGGCAAGCCGUAUCAAGCUCCACCAACCCCUCCACUACCAGAAUUUCGAAUGAAGGAAGCUCCACCCUUUACGGCAACAGGAGUCGAUUUCCUUGGUCCAAUGUACGUAAGAAUGUGUGAAAAUAGUCAGAAGGUUUGGAUUUGUCUGUAUACAUGUUGUGUGAUCAGAGCGGUGCACUUGGACAUCGUACCAAAUCUUACUUCGGAGAGUUUCAUGAGAAGUUUUAGGAGAUUUACAGCCAGAAGAGGAAUUCCCACGACCAUCGUGUCUGAUAACGGAGGAACAUUCAAAUCGGCAUCGCGUGAGAUAAGGGACAUUUUAAGACAUCCUGAUGUGAAACGUUUCUUCACCGGAAUGAAAGUUACAUGGUCAUUCAACUUAGCGAAGGCACCCUGGUGGGGUGGACUCUUCGAGAGACUUGUAAAAUCUACCAAGCGAUGUCUGAAGAAGACCAUAGGGGGAGCACGACUUACUUAUGAAGAGCUCCUUACUGUUGUUGCGGAGGUUGAAAUGAUACUGAAUUCCCGCCCCUUAUCCUAUGUAUCCACCGAAGAUCUUGAAGAACCGCUCACUCCCUCACACCUGUUGACGGGACGGCGAUUGCUCAGUUUACCAGACAAGGAUAGCACCAGUGAUAUAGCAGAUCAAGACUUUUCUUUAGACGAGAAGGAGCUGUCGCGAAGAAUGAAGCAUCUUAGCACGUUAAUGAAUCAUUUCUGGAAGCGCUGGAGAGAGGAAUAUCUGGUAGAAUUACGAAAUGCCCAUCGCAUUAAACUAACUGGCGGAUCUAGAACUAUUAGUGUUGGCGACGUGGUCGUGGUCCAUGAUGAGUCACAGCCUCGAGGACUCUGGAGACUAGCUAAAGUGGAUAAGUUGAUUAUCGGAAAUGACGGAAACGCGAGAGGAGCAGUAGUCAAGGUCAGUUCAAAGGGAAAACGACCAUCGACGUUAAGAAGACCAGUUCAACUACUUUACCCACUGGAGAUCAAUGCGGAGAUGAAGCAUGAUGAAACUGAAGUAGAUAGACCAGCUGAAUCGGUCACUCAGCCUGAAGGUCCACGGGUUAGAUCUAGACGUGCGGCCGCAAUACGAGCAGACGAACAACGAAGAAAUUGGAUCAAAGAACUCGAAGAGUAG